AUGUUCGCCUCUCAUGUCAUCGGGAUGCUGCUGGCUGCGGCCUCAGUCAAGGCCAUUCCUGCUUCAUUUGAAGGCUUGAUCACCGCCGAUAUCACCUGGACCGGCCGGGUCGUCGCCAAUGGCUCCAUGGUCAACUUCACUGGCCCCUCUCUCCAGGCCAUCGAGCAGAGCAUUGCUUCUGUCUAUCCCGGCUUUACUUGGGCUACUGCUCCCCAGCCUAACGACGAUUUUUCUCUGAGCAGCCGUAACAUUGAUGACACCCAAGAUGUCCCCACCCCUUCGUUGCUCAAGUGUUGGGAUGGAGGUGUUGGUGAUGCCGAUGCCUCCCACAUCACUGAGGGCAUCAAUUACCUCCAGAGCGUCCCUGGAUACUGCUCGAAUGGUGCCGGCGCCGCCAACUGCGGACAGAUCAGCUGCAGCUACAACAGCGCCAUCAUGUGGUGCAACAACAACAGGCGUACCUACACCACGCACUGCAAGAGCCUUGCCAAGUAUGCCACAGCUAUUGUCAGGGGGUGCCAGCAUGAGACACGUGAUUCGGCGCAUGAGACCAUCUGGACCCGCGGCAUCCAGGGAGAUGAGCUUGGGAUUAGCGUCAUUGCCGCGAAGCCAGCGGUUGAUUGCUGA